GGCCUGCUUCUCUCAGUAUAUAAACCCCUUCAGACUUCAGACGAUCUCAUUCCCGCUGGUUUCAGAUCUGAAGUAGCUAUAGAGAUUGCUUUCAGCUCCCUGAGUAGAAAAUAUCACUUUCCUGAUCAGAAAGGCUUUUGGGCCUAGCCGGUUUCCACGACGAUGAAGCGCCUUGUCUUCUUCCUCCUGUCUUGGCAGCUUCACUUCCUGUCCUGCCCUGGUUUCCAGGAUUCCUACUUCCUUGGCAACCCCGAUGAGUGCAAAAGAGCCGAGUUUGUGCCGGGCUACAACCUGGCAGGAGAAGGGUUCGACAUCGUGAAGAUGGAACGCAAGGGAGCGUACGUCAUCAACAUGGAAGACUGGGAAAACAAAAACAAAACCUGCAAGCUGCGCUGGAACUCCUAUCUGAAGAAGAAACAGAAGCUGCCCCUGUCUGUGGUGGACUGGAGGGCCCUUUCGAAGUGCAAGAUGGUUCUUUCCAGUGCCGUUUAUGAGUCAAGUGAGUACCUGGUGAACGAGAGCUCUUUCGCCAUGGACAAUAGCUGGAAAUUUGGGCUGGAUAUCACUGCUGAUCCCAGAUUCCAACCGUCCAUGAUACUGGCAGGCACCCACUCCAGGUCCUCUGAAUUCGCCUUGAAGAAAUCGAAGCAGGACAAGUACAGCUUCACUCAACACCAGGUUGACUGCCAGAUUUACAGAUACAGGCUUGCAAACGCUCCCCCGAUCAAACGGGAGUUCUCGGAGGCCCUUGCCAUGCUCCCCAAUCACUACAACAAAGAAACAAAACCCACAUACCGCAGUUUUAUCAACACGUACGGCACACACUUCAUCAAACAUGUCCGGAUAGGAGGAAAGAUCAAGAGCAUCACCUCAGUCAAAACCUGCCUUGCGUCGCUGAUGAAGCUUUCGAUGUCUGCGAUCAAAGACUGCCUGGACGCAGAAGUAUCUGCCACCAUUGGACAGGCAGCCAAAGUGAAGGCCGAAACUCACCACUGCAACUCUCUUAAGAAGAACCUCUUACAUGGCCAGAGCUUACACGCCACGUUCAGCGAACGACACUCCGAGAUCACAGGGGGCAGGAUCGAAACGGGGGACCUCCUCUUCUCGGGAGAUUCGAACCCCGGCGCUUACAAGGAGUGGCUGGGUUCCUUGAAGGAGGCGCCGGAUGUGGUCACUUCCUCCCUGGCUCCCCUGCACAACCUCAUCCAGAAGAAGAAUCUCAUCGCCAGGAGCAGCCUGCAGAAAGCCCUGAAGGACUACAUUCUAGAGAACGCUCUUUUGAAGACCUGCUCUCGUCAAUGUUCAGCCGGGUCAAGGAGCAGCGUGAGGGACCCCUGUGCCUGCCUGUGCCAAGGCAACGGCAACAGCAAGCUGGCCACCAACUGCUGCCCGACUGGAACGGGGGUGGCCAAGCUGGUGGUAAAGAAUCUGAAAGGGAAGGGCCUCUACGGAGACUACUUCACCGAAACCGAUGGCUUUGUGAAGGUUUCCUUCGACAGGCGAACUGAACAAACUGCAGUCAUCCUGAAUAACGACAACCCAGUCUGGCCGGAACGUUUCGACUUCGGAAGUGUUGACUUGACGGCGGCUUCUCUUCUGAACUUUAAGGUCUAUGACGAUGAUGGCAUCUGGAACACUGACCUGCUUGGCCAGUGCUCUGUACCGCUCAGGAGCGGGGCUGUGAGCGAUCUGUGCGCCCUGAACCACGGGACCCUCUACUUCUCCUACACUCUGGAGUGCGGACCCAGCUUGGGGGGCCCGACCUGCGGGGAGUACGCCCCCUCGCCCAUGAGCGCCGAGCUGAUGAAGAGCUUCGUGUCCAGGAACGCCGUGCCCCUCCCUCGCAGCUUGGUGGCAGAGAUGAUGAAGGGCUACUCCGGGCUGGAGCCUUCGAGUUCCAGCGGCAACCGCAGCCGGGAAGAGUAGCCAGCCUGGGAGGAACCAGAGUCGGGUCAACCCAGUUUGGGAGUCAAGCUUGCGGGCUUCGCUUACGGCUAGUUUAUGAGGAUCGAAGAAUCCACCCCUAGUUGAGGAAAAAAAAAAAAAUGACUGAUCAGUGAUCGAUGAAAGACCUUCCCCCCCCCCCCCCGCCCCCCCCCAAAGUGAUUCUUCCUUUAAAGGAGUGCGAACCACAACCUUAUUCUUGUCUGUUUAAUAGCACUAGCAACAUUAGGACAUUAUGCAAACCACAGAUUUAUAUAACAUGUGCUUACUUCUUAUUAGAUUUAGGAACCUUGGAAACAGACCCCCCCCCCCCCCAACCCCAUGACCCCGUGACCCCCUGACCCCCCUUGACUGAUCAGAUGAAAUAUAUUUUUUUCCCCCUAAAGCAAUGUUUUUUACGCAUGGCUCUUUCGAUCUAUUCCAGCCCACAGCUUUGUUCCAACCGGCUCUAACUGUUCAAUUGAACCUACAUUUUCAAUUAGGUUGAUUGAGGUUGGAACAAAAUUGUGGACUGGAAUAGAUCAAAAGAGAGGAAUGGAUUGAAUUCCACUUCCCACUUCUUUACAGAGAUUACUGAUUGCAGCAUUACAUGGUUUGUACCACUGUUUAUUUUAAAGGGCUUUUUAGCAAUAAAAAUAAUGCAUUAAUCAAA